AGCUCUUACCAACCCACUCCACCAGCUGCCUCAUAUCCACCAUUGUCGGCUUUAAACACUACUCCUUCACUUUUCUCGUCAGAGACAUCAUCCUUCUUAGGAAAUCAUCAUAUUGGUGCUAUAUCUCAAGCUCCAGCGCCACGGCUUUUCGAAAUCACACCAUCCUCCCCCACCUCGUUGUCACCAGCGCUAUCAACCAUGGCUUCCGACCUAGACCAGCUCAUCGAGAUGGGCUUUGACAAAGAAAGGGCGGAACUGGCAGUCAAAAAGACUGGUAACCUGCAAGGGGCGCUCGAGUGGCUGGAAGAGAACCAGGACAAGUCCCUGGAAGAGAUCAAAGCAUCACAAGAAGACGAAGAUGAGGAUGCACCAGCUCUCAAGCCCGGCGAGGAAGCGCGCAGCUUGGUCUGCAACGAGUGUGGCAAGAAAUUUCGAAGCACGGCGCAGGCAGAGUUCCACGCUUCCAAGACCGAGCACACCGACUUCUCCGAAUCCACCGAAGAACUUGCGCCGUUGACCGAGGAGCAAAAGAAGGAAAGAUUGGAGGAGUUGAGGCAGAAACUCGCGGCUAAGCGGGCAGCACAAGCAGAGCAGGAUAAGAUCGAGCAGAAGCAAAAUGAGAAUAUCCGCCGGAAGAAUACCCAAGAGAACCAGGACGUGAAGGAAGCAUUGGAGAAGAAGCAGAGGGCGAAGGAGGAAGCGAAGAAGCGACAGGAGAAGUUAGAUGAGAGGGCACACCUGGCGCGGGUCAAGGCACAGAUUGAGGCCGAUAAGGAAGAGCGCCGUCGUAAGGCCGAGCGCGAACGUGCUGAGCGUGCUGGCGUGGCUGUUCCCCAAGCUCCUGCCGCUGCUCCCACGCCCGCUGCACCUGGCCCAGUUGCAUCCAAGCCUGCUUCCGCGUAUACUGAGACUCGUCUGCGCUUCCAGACCCCGAAGGGCAAUAUUUUGAAGACACUGCCCGUCACUACGACUUUGUUCGAGGUCGUUGCUGCCCUCAAGGCAGAUGAUGGCCUUGAAGUUCAAAGCUUCACUCAGACCUUCCCGAGGAAGGUCUUUGAUGCUGAAUUUUUCGGAGAGUCAUUGAAGGAUCUUGGCCUCGUGCCUAGCGCAAGUCUUAUAGCUCAAUAAUUUAGCACCGUCAUUGCUCUCCUGGGGACCUUGGGGCAUAUAUCGCUUGUCGCUUGUGAAGAAUGAGUUAUGAGUUGGGUUCUCAUUGAUUUUAGCCUUUGAUAUCAAUUAGGCAUUCGAUGUCAAUUAGAAGCAAGUCCAAACUUGUUGGAGAAACUAUGCUUUCUUCGGUAGACUCUGGAACAAUUUUGAAGUCUCCACUAGCAAAUAACCC